AAAAAUCCCGCAGUUGAAUUUUUAACGAUUCUCGAUAUAAACUUGUGACUUAAAUUGUACUUACCACUCUCUGCUUUCUCCUUUACACAUCUAAUAAGUUUUUGUUAUUGAAAAUCGUCAAUUACCACAAUGUCAGCACCAGUUGAUCUAUUCCACUCCACGCUCAAUAUACAAGCUGAGAAUGGACACCUUACGAAGGAGCUUGCUUGUUCGAUUCGAGAGUUCUUGCCUACAAGAUAUGCUGCUGCAGAAGUGUGGAAAAGAGUGUAUUCGUUGUACCAUGAUGGUGCUUCGUUAAAUACCAUGUGUCGAGCAACUGAACCAACUUCACAUGCUCCAAAAUAUCCUCCAGCGUUUGUUCUACUCGUCAAAGAUGAUGCUGGAAAUCUUUUUGGAAGCUUCUUCACGAGUUACUUGAGACAGAAACCUCACUACUACGACACCGAAGAAUGCUUUCUUUGGACGAAGUCAAAAGAUAAGUUCACAGCAUUUCCUCAUUGUGGACAAGAUCAGUUCGUUUUAUACUGCACCAAAGAAUUCCUUGGCUUUGGAGGAGGAAACGGCAAGUUCAGUCUUUGGCUGAAUGCAUCCCUAGAGUAUGCUACUUCCAGCUUUACACCUGCUUUUGGAAAUGCACCCUUGAGUCCUGCAUAUGAAGACGGAAGUCGAAUUCCAGUCAUUGAUGUUGAACUUUACAAGUUAUACUAAUACAUGGUCUUGGCGCAAUAUGCCAAACAAGUCCACUUGAGAUGUUACGAAAUGAUGCUCUCUUCUUUUGAAAUGAUCUAUUUGUUUAGCUACAGCAAUGUCCUGUUUAAUGUUUCGCUCUGCUAGCAAUUACGUUCCCCUUCCUAUUUGCCCUCUCAAUAAUUCAUUGUGUAUCCUCUCUUGCCUUCCUAUAAACCAACUUUUCUUAGUCUUGUAUAUCGUUUAAAGCAACCUACUCUGCCUCGUGUAACGGUUUAUUAUAGAACUGAGACUCCCGUAAUGGUUUGGUC